AAUGGCGGCAGGCGCCGCUGCCCUGAAUUGGAGGCGCGUUUCUUCCUUCACGGGGCCGGUCCCCCGAUCCCGGCAUGGCCAUCGCGCCGUGGCGAUCCGCGAGCUGGUCAUCAUCUUUGGGGGCGGCAACGAAGGCAUCGCCGAUGAGCUGCAUGUGUACAACACGGCCACAAACCAAUGGUUUCUUCCUGCUGUCAGAGGAGAUAUUCCACCAGGUUGUGCAGCCCAUGGAUUUGUCUGUGAUGGUACCAGAAUAUUAGUUUUUGGAGGAAUGGUUGAAUAUGGAAGAUAUAGUAAUGAUUUGUAUGAACUACAGGCAAGUCGAUGGCUGUGGAAAAAAAUGAGACCUCAGCCCCCUUCAGCAGGUUUGCCUCCAUGCCCUCGCCUUGGCCAUAGCUUCUGUCUGUAUGGCAACAAGUGUUACUUAUUUGGUGGACUGGCAAAUGAGAGCGAAGACUCAAACAAUAACAUUCCCAGAUAUUUAAAUGAUUUCUAUGAAUUGGAGCUGCAGCAUGGAUCGGGAGUCCUAGGCUGGGGUAUUCCAUUGACCAGAGGAGUUUUGCCCUCUCCCAGAGAAUCGCACACAGCUGUUAUAUACUGUAAAAAAGACUUGGGAAAUCCAAAAAUGUUUCUAUUUGGAGGGAUGUCUGGUUGCCGGCUUAAUGACCUUUGGGAGCUUGAUAUAGAGACAAUGACUUGGUCGAAACCAGAAACUAAAGGAACAGUGCCACUUCCCCGUAGUCUACAUACAGCCAGUGUAAUAGGAAACAAAAUGUACAUUUUUGGUGGAUGGAUCCCACAGAGUACAGAUGAGAGCCUCCCUGCUCAAGAUGGGGAAUGGAAAUGUACUGGUUCAUUUUCCUACUUAAAUUUAGAUACUUUAGAAUGGAUAAAUCUAAUCCCAGAUUGCCAAGAAGAUAAAAACAAUUUGUUACCAGGUCCAAGAGCUGGCCACUGCACAGUCAUUGUCGGCUCUCGCUUGUAUAUAUGGAGUGGCAGAGAUGGCUAUAGGAAAGCUUGGAACAAUCAAGUUUGCUGCAAGGAUCUUUGGUAUUUAGAUACAGAGAAACCACCAGCACCAUCACAGGUACAGCUCAUCAGAGCUACAACUAAUUCAUUUCAAGUUAAAUGGGAUGAAGUUCCUACUGUUGAAGGAUACCUUCUUCAACUAAAUUUAGAUAUGUCAACACCUGGUGCAGCUGACAUAUCCUUUACUGUGACACCUGAACCACAAUCAUCCUGUGUGCAAGGAACUAAACUGGAUCUCCACCCCCAAACUCUCAGUGCCUCAAGCAAUGUGCAAAUUUCCAUUUCAGAGGCUAAAGCCAAGAUUCCAGAAACUGAAAAUAUGAAGAAAAACCAUUCCGUUUCCAAAGAGCCCAGUGUCCCUUUAUGUUUGCCUGCUAGCACUUUAGCAAAUCUAAAUGAAUUACUUGACUUUGAUUCAAGAACUUCCCAAGUAGAUACUUCUACAUCUAGCAUAGCCACCACCACACAAAAUAUAGUAACUCAGCAGGCUGUUAGAACCAACUCAUCAAAUGGGGCAGCUGCAAAAGAUGAAACUCCAUUAUUAACAACAGUUAAAGAGUCUCCAGUGGCCUCGACUAGAGUCACAGUUAUUAACCCACUUGAUUCAGCUGUACAAUCGCCUAAAACUUCACCACCAAAGCAGAAUGCAAGAAUAAGGACACAAGAACGAAAGUGGUAUGAUGUUGGCAUUUUUCAAAGCAACACUGCAUUAGUGAGCCAGUUUUAUUUGCUGCAAGAAGAAAAAGUUCUUUCCAGCAAGGGAGACUAUACAGAUAUUCCAAAUGCCAGUUUGUUUAAGAAACAGGAUCUCGCUCCUGGCACUUUAUACAGGUUCAGGGUUGCUGCAAUUAAUGGAUGCGGUGUAGGACCUUUCAGCAAAAUCAGUGAAUUUAAAACUUGCAUCCCUGGAUUUCCUGGAGCACCUUCAAUCGUUAAAAUUAGCAAGAGUGCAGACUGUAUUCAUCUUUCAUGGGAGCCUCCAGUUUCACCUUCAGGAAAUAUUUUGGAAUAUUCCGCUUAUUUGGCAAUAAGAACCACCCAGCUCCAUGAAAAUCCUAAUCAACUUAUGUUCAUGAAAAUCUAUUGUGGCCUUAAGACCUCAUGCACAGUGACUGCUGCCCAGCUUGCAAAUGCUCAUGUUGAUCAUACAUCCAAGCCUGCCAUUGUGUUCAGGAUUUCAGCCAAGAAUGAGAGGGGAUAUGGACCAGCCACACAGGUUCGAUGGCUGCAAGAAAUGAAAACAUCAAGCUCAAAGUAGAAGCAGGUUAUUACACUGCGAAUGGUGAAUUAGCAGUUAGUACUCUUGAAGUUUUGUGAAUCUUCCAAAUAUUU